GCCAUUUUAGCGUUUUGUCUUUGUUGUUUGUUGAUCCAGGAAAACUUCUACUAGAAGAGCUCAAAAAAAAAACUACAUUCGGAUUCCUCUCUUUCCCAGCGGCGGUGUCAGAAGUGCUGCAAAUAUUGAACUCGAAAGCUGUAAAGAGAUAAUAACAGCAUUGUGUAGAAAAAGAGUUCAAGCGCUUAGACAAAGUGUUUAUCACACUCUCGUUCAUACAAAAAGAGAUGAACUACAGCUUUCAAAUUCAAGUGUGUGAGGAUCAGAAGGAUUCGUUGCUGGAGGCUCUGCGUGAAAUCCGCGAAAAGAAAUCAAUUGAAUUUGAGAUCCAUGAGAUUCCGACCACUCAGUGUGAAGAUCAAGAAAGCGAAGAAUUUAAUGAAGAUGGUGAGAGUUGCCCUUCUGACCAACCGAGGAAUGCAGCAGUCGAAGAUGGAGGUCAAGAGGUAGAUAAGGAUUCGGAGCCGGAAAACCCUCCAGAAAUUGCUGACUGUUUAGCAAAGUGGUUGGAUAACUAUGGUGUUGCGCGUUCAGCGUUCGCCAAGUAUAUCGGCCGUUCAAAAUCACAUCUUACUGACAUGCUAAAGCGACCUCCGCCAUUCUUACCCAAAGGAACUGGGAAGGUGAUGUGGAUGAAGAUGAAAGAGUUUCUAAGUAACAGCACUGCAAGACAGUUCUUUCUGGACAGCCGGGCGGAUAAAACAAAUUUAAAAAGAAAGCGCACUGCUACAGCCGCAGCCACAACAUCGUCGCCAACGCCUCCAAAAAUCAGGAAAACACAGAAACCGGCUAAAAUCAUGAAGUGGCAGAAGGUUAUGCUGGACGAGAUGUUUGUUAAGUGCAACGGGAGACCUGAGCCCGAGACAGUAAGGAUAAUCUCUUCAACACUGCAGCUGAAGAAACGUCAGGUUCAGGUGUGGUUUACAAAUCACCGACAAAGACAAAAGACAGGCGCGUACAAACCAGGUGAAUAUUCCUCUGAAGACACGACCGAGAAAAACUGAGCAUUAAGAACCGGAAAACACAAUGCUGUACACUUCCUACAAGUCAAGCUGCGAAAGCCAAGCUCGCUUCGAGAAAAAUAUCCGCGACGCUCAAACAAUUCAUAAAUGUAAGAACUUUUAUUAUUCUGUCAAAUCAUCUAGCAUACUGGGGAACGCUAACUGGGGAACGCUAACUGGGGAACGCUAACUGGGGACACAGGGCCGUAGCUAGGAAAAAAUUAUGGAUGCUUUCCAUUAUGCCAAAGCUUCCGGAAAUUUCGCUUAGAAGUCAAAUGGAGGUGGUCCACUUAUUUCGGUCGGAAUAUUGUGACAAACCGGUUCUCUUCACUUAUGUAGGGAAC